AGAAUGGAGACCAAGUGCCGGAGUCGACGUGUGUUUUGCUCCAAGACAACCAUCCAUACCUUCCUGCUAGGAGGAGUGUUUAUUGCACUGGGCUCAAGCCGAAUCCUCCUAAUGAAGUAUUCCGCUAAUGAAGAAAACAAAUAUGAUUACCUUCCUACAACAGUGAACAUCUGUUCUGAAGUGGUGAAACUGGUGCUGUGUGUGAUAUUGGCACUGUGGGUUAAGAAAAAAGAGGGUUGUUCGGAUCAUCGCUUUGAGUGUCUUUCCUGGAAGAAUUUUUGUAAUUCCAUGAAAUGGUCAAUUCCUGCCUUUCUUUAUUUUUUGGAUAACCUAAUUGUCUUCUAUGUCCUCUCCUACCUCCAGCCUGCAAUGGCUGUACUCUUCUCAAAUUUUGUCAUUAUAACAACGGCUCUUCUCUUCAGAAUAGUGCUAAAGCGACAGCUCUCCUGGGUACAAUGGGCAUCUCUGGUGAUCUUAUUCCUGUCCAUCGUUGCCCUGACUUUAGGGACUGGAGGCCACCAGCACAGCUUAGCUGCACACGGAUUUCACCACAACGCAUUUUUUAGGCCUUCUAACCACUGCCUUCUCUAUGCUGGACAUGAGGAAAAGUGCCUGGAAAAUGGCAACUGUGAGGCACCCAGCUUCCUUCCCAGCUUUCAAUGGAAUGUCACCACUACUGUGGCAGGAGCGCUGAAACCUCUCCGCCUGAGCCUGGGCCACCUGCUUAUCUUAGUGCAGUGCUUCAUUUCUGCUCUGGCUAACAUCUACAAUGAGAAGAUCCUGAAAGAUGGAGCCCAGGCUGCUGAAAGCAUCUUUGUGCAGAACAGUAAGCUGUAUGCGUUUGGGGUGAUGUUCAACGGGCUCAUGCUGGGGCUGCAGGCCAAGGACCGGAGGCUGAUAGGCAACUGUGGUUUCUUUUAUGGGCACAACGUCUUCUCAGUGGCUCUUAUAUUUGUCACUGCUUUCUUGGGGCUGUCCGUAGCCUUCAUCUUGAAGUUCCGUGACAACAUGUUCCACGUCAUGACUGCCCAGGUCACCACUGUGAUCAUCACUGCGGUCUCUUUCAUCAUCUUUGAUUUCAGGCCUUCCCUAGAGUUCUUCUUGGAAGCUCCUAUAGUGCUUCUCUCCAUCUUCAUCUAUAACGCCAGCAAAUGGCGAGGCCUGGAAUAUGCCACUCUGCGGGAGAGGGGCAAACUCUUCAAAGGAGACACAUGGGAGAGGUCAAGCGGGGAUGGAGAAGAAUUUGAGAGACUGAACAAACCAAGCAGUGACAUUGAUACAGAGGAGGACUCACUCUAGCACGGAGCUCGCUCAGAGGAGCGCUGUUACUCAUAGUGAGAGAACAUUAAUGUUUAUUUAACGUAGAGAAGGGUCCUUUUUUUCCCACUUGCAGAGCAAUGGAGAAUAUUUGUGGGAUGGAUAUCAGAGAUGGAAGAGGAAAACAUUCAAACUCUUACUUUGAGCCAUACGUGUGAAGAGCUAUAUU